CGCCACCUCUCAGAUGCAUCCAACUCAUGCCAGAAAGACCUUCCCCUGUUUCGAUGAGCCGGCUAUGAAAGCUGUUUUCUACAUGACUCUCAUCCACCCGCCUGGAACCGUAGCCCUGUCCAACGGCAUGGAAACAGAUAUUGUGAACGUCACUAUCGACGGAUUCGCUUUGAAACAGACGAAGUUUGAGCCGACCAAGAAAAUGUCCUCCUACCUGCUGGCCAUUGUCGUCUCUGACUACACACACCUAAAUGCUACACAAGGAGACACGCUG